CGGUGGGCGGGGCAAGGGACCCAACUCACAGGACAGCGAGUGGUUGGAACCUACCCUCUCCUUCCCUUUCCCCUUCCCCUCCCAGGAUAGGCUGGGACCCGGCACCGGAGCUAUCCUGUGGCCGCUGCGGCCUCAGCUCCAGUCGGGCCGGGGUGCGGAGAGUCCAGGCCGCUUCCAGGGCGAGUGCUCCUGAAUGUGACAUCACAUCCAUCCCCUUGGCGAUGGAGCUUGUUACUAGGAAGGAAGACUCAGUCGGACAAUAGCCAACAAGAUGGGUCACUGGGAGCGUCUCCUGAGUGGCACUGAGUGGAGGCCUCAGGGGGUUGGAGCCUUGUGAACAGGGAACCUACCCCCCAACACUUGGAAGGUCCUGGGUUUCAGUGAUGAGACAUGGGGUAUGAUGUAACCCGUUUCCAGGGGGAUGUUGACGAAGACCUUAUCUGUCCUAUUUGCAGUGGGGUCUUGGAGGAGCCAGUCCAGGCACCUCAUUGUGAGCAUGCCUUCUGCAAUGCCUGCAUCACCCAAUGGUUCUCUCAGCAGCAGACGUGUCCGGUGGACCGUAGCGUUGUGACGGUCGCCCACCUGCGCCCAGUACCUCGGAUCAUGCGGAACAUGUUGUCAAAGCUGCAGAUCGCCUGCGACAACGCUGUGUUUGGCUGUAGUGCUGUUGUCCGGCUUGACAACCUCAUGUCUCACCUCAGUGACUGUGAGCACAACCCCAAACGGCCUGUGACCUGUGAGCAGGGCUGCGGGCUGGAGAUGCCCAAAGAUGAGCUGCCAAAUCACAACUGCAUUAAGCACCUGCGCUCCGUGGUGCAGCAGCAGCAGACGCGCAUCGCAGAGCUGGAGAAGACCUCAGCCGAGCACAAACACCAGCUGGCCGAGCAGAAGCGAGAUAUCCAGCUGCUAAAGGCAUACAUGCGAGCUAUCCGCAGCGUCAACCCCAACCUGCAGAACUUGGAGGAGACAAUUGAAUACAACGAGAUCCUAGAGUGGGUGAACUCCCUGCAGCCGGCAAGAGUGACCCGCUGGGGAGGGAUGAUCUCGACCCCAGAUGCUGUACUCCAGGCUGUAAUCAAGCGCUCCCUGGUGGAGAGUGGCUGUCCCGCCUCUAUCGUCAACGAGCUGAUUGAAAAUGCCCACGAGCGGAGCUGGCCGCAGGGUCUGGCCACCCUAGAGACAAGACAGAUGAACCGGCGCUACUAUGAGAACUAUGUGGCCAAGCGCAUCCCUGGCAAGCAGGCUGUCGUCGUGAUGGCCUGUGAGAACCAGCACAUGGGUGACGACAUGGUGCAGGAGCCGGGCCUUGUCAUGAUCUUUGCGCAUGGUGUGGAAGAGAUAUAGGAGAUCUCUAUGGGCUAGCAGGAAGAGAUGGAGACCAGAAGACCCAUCACUCCAGCAGCCGGCCUCUGAGUCCUCCCUCCUAUCCACAGUAUAGUGGCCUACAUGUGGGCCGCACCGUUUCCCUGUUCUUCUGGCACUGAAGGGCCCAGGGCAUUCUGCUCAGCCUUUCAGGUGGGAAACCCAGAUUUCUUCCUUUUGCUUAAUUUCUUCCCCUAAGAUGUCUGUAAAUUUUUAGUCAGUUUGGGAAAAGUCCCCACCUCUAUAUCUCUUUUCCUGCCCAGGGUCCCUGGUUCUAGAUAUUUUUAGAAAGCACAAAGAAUUCCUUUUCUCUAGAGGAUCAGGGCAGAGUGAGGACUACCUGAUCGUUCCCCCUCCUCCAAAACCAGGGAAUCGGAGCGGGCAGGCCUGUUGACACUAAACAGCAUGAGAGGGCAGCUCUGGGGAGCAGACAUCCCGAAGAAAUGGUAAGGGUGGAAUCGAAACCCUAGAAAUAUGCAGUAAGGCCAGUAACCGGCCCUGAGACCAGGAACUGAUGACCCUUACGGGAAGACUGGACCUCUGUGCCAAGCAAUACCCUGUCCAGCCCACUUGCCGGGCGCAGGCUCCUGCUGGUUCUGCAGGUGUGCAGGCUGGGAUGCCGGAAUUUUCCAGAUGAGCUCUGCUUUCCUACGUUUUCUCAAUGUUAGGGAAUGACAAGGUUGGGGGUAGGGGAUUAGUCUGUUGGGGUGGAUGUGCCCAGCAAGCAGCAGCUCUCUGGCUUUUGCUGAAAUCAGGUAGGCACUUCCUACUUGAUAAUAGUUCCAUUGGACCCCUCUCUAGCCCUGUGAUUCUAACCAGUUAUUUUGAUAAUUCCUUAGUUCGUAUUUCCUUCCCUCCCUUUUAUUUUUUUUAAAGAAUGGCCUGGUUAUGGCUACCCCACUUUUCCAGCCCAGCCACAUUGUUGGCAAUCUAAUUUAUUUACUUUUUUUUUUUUUUAAAGAAAGGAAAAAGAAAAAAAAAUUAACAAAGCUUAAAA